AUGCUAGACAUGCCACUUGACCACGGCUCGCUGGAGCACCUUCUUCCGGCCUCGUGGAAGACCAGCAUCACCGCGUGGCUAGCGGAGGACACACCAUCUUUUGACUACGGCGGGUUCGUCGUCGGCGAGGUCCCGCGCACGGCGACGCUAUGGGGCAAGAGCGCAGGCAUCCUGGCGGGCAUCCCCUUCUUCAACGAGGUAUUCAAGCAGUGCGGCUGCACCGUCGAGUGGCUCGCCACUGAGGGCAGCCAUAUCGAGUCGCCCCGCGCCAUCGGCCACGGAGGCAAGACCAAGCUGGCGACCGUCACCGGACCCGCACGGGGCAUUCUGCUGGGCGAGCGUGUAGCGCUCAACAUCCUGGCGCGCUGCAGCGGUGUUGCGAGCAUGAGCCGUGGCAUGUUGGUCAACUUGCGCAGUGCUGGCUUCCGCGGUCGGUUGGCAGGCACAAGAAAGACGACCCCGGGGUUCAGGCUGGUCGAGAAGUACGGCAUGCUGGUCGGUGGCGCCGAUGGCCACCGGAUGGAUCUGAGCUCGAUGAUCAUGCUGAAGGACAAUCACGUCUGGAGCCGAGGCAGCAUCACUCAGGCCGUGAAGGCCGCCAAGAGCGCAGGUGGUUUCGCUCUCAAGGUCGAGGUGGAAGUACAGAGCGAGGAAGAGGCCGAUGAGGCUAUCGAGGCGGGUGCGGAUGUCAUCAUGCUGGAUAAUUUCACUGGCGAGGGUGUCAAAAUUGCUGCGAAGAGCCUGAAGGCAAAAUGGGCAGGCAAAAGACACUUCCUCCUUGAAGUAUCGGGUGGUUUGACAUUGCAGAAUGUGGAGAUGUUUGUCACCAAUGACGUCGAUAUUCUCUCUACAAGUGCCAUUCAUCAGGGCGUGCCGCACGUUGACUACUCUCUAAAGAUUGAUCAUUGA